CAAAAAGACACAUACCGGUAGCACCGAUGCUAUUGACGUUGUGGGGUGGCAGCCCGAUUGAUAUGGGUUUGUCGGGUCGAAACCAUCCCAUUCCCCAACAGAGCGAGCACGCGAGAAGCCUCCUCUUCUAAAGCCUUCUUCUCUCACGCUCCACAAUGGAGACGCGGUCCUCUCCGUCCAUGCAGGAGCUGCGCGCUAUCGCCCACGAGCGGGGCCUCAAGUACUACAUGCACCUGUCCAAGCCCGAGCUCUUCUCGCUGCUGCAGCGCAAAGAAGGCGGAGGCUCGGCCACCAAGCCCGCACCCCCAGCGGACGCCACCAAAGAGGACGUUAUGCGCCGCGUUGAGCGCACACCGACAGCCACAGCCACAGCAACACGGACCAGCGAGCGCCUGUCGUCCCGCAAGAAGAAGCGCAAGACGCGCGAGAGCGACAAGACCAAGUCUCCGCGUGACAACAAGAAGGCCAAGAUGGUCAUCAACACGCUCGACCCCAUCAUGCUCACGGAGCUGGGCCCACACACGUUUGAAUUCACGCGGAGGAACGGAUCCGUGGUGGUAUACAACGUGGAGUCGCUCGUGCAGUACAUCCUCGCCACAGGGGAUUUCUCCGAGCCGGAGACGCGGAUCCCGUUCUCGGACGAGGACUUGCGCCGAAUCGAUGUUGAGGCAAGCAAGGCUAAGAUUAAAGAGAACAGUGUCGUGGACGCCAAGAAGAAUAAGCACAAGUUUGAAGAGCAGAAAAUCAAACGCGACGGUAUCCUGGGGUUGGAGCGGUGUGCGUCUGACUACGUGAACAAGAUGCUGGAGAUCGUAGAAAGCGACGACCCCGAGGGAGGUGAGAUGCUGCUCAUCAUGAGCGUCUUCCCGUCGUUUUCGGACAUUUUUGAGCAAAUCCGACGGAGCGACACGGAGUACGCCAAGCACAGCAUGGGCCACUUCAUCCAGUACGUGAAGGGACCCAAGAACCGCCCUACCGUGGACAACAGCGGUUUGAUGCAGGUCAUUUUGGGAUUUUUGGAGGACGUCGCCAAGGGCGAGCAAGGUGCGAGUGCCUUUGGGUUUUGAAACUGCAGCGUCUUGUCGCCUGCGUCUACAUCACCACCCGUUGUUUACCGGGUCCGUUGCAGUCGGCGUCCCAAUGGAGUUCCUUGUACUAUUAGUUAUGCGUAAGUAGGGUAGUCGUAGGUAGACAGGUAAGCAAGCAGUAGGAUAUAGCAGGAAGUAGUUAGGCGAGAAGGAAUAGCUUCAUGUUCCCCAUUUUCAAGUUUCAUCCGCAAAUCACGUCGCUUCUUCAUGCACGUUCUCAGAAUUGCCCCACGCCGCCCACUUGUCACCACGCCACCUCGACAAUCUUGAGCAUAAAGCACAGC